UUAUAUAUUGUGCUUGCUCGCUGAUACAAAUCGCUUUUGCACACGAUUACAUCCCACCCAGAUUCCUGUUUUGCUCAACAACAUGACUUCCAAGAAAGUGCUUCUAGCACUCUCGGCUUUAUGUCUGGCAUGCUCAAGUUCGCCCCUGGACCAAAUGCAUCGAGCCUUGGACAAUGUUUUCAAAGAUCAUGCAAACACGACUAUAAUUCAAGUCAGACAUUUCGACGCUGGCGAGUACACGCUGCCAAUAGACCCAGGUUCUGGUCAGCAGCAGAUUAUCCCUAUCGCCUCGAAUGGAGUCACCGUUGUAAAGCUGUUCGUCCGCACGACAGGCCCUGCUCCAGCAGAGCCUGAUCCUUUCUCAGGCACAGACGUAGGGAUUCAGAUCUGGUUCCCGGAUGCCGAUAUCUGGACCGGCCGAAUCAUGAACUUUGUCGAUGAUGCCUUCCAAGGAAGUCCAUUCGUCACGCUCAAAGAUAUGGCUGGCCUGUCCAUGUACCCUACUAUCCAGUAUUCGGAAUGGGCAGCUGAUAUGGGCUUUGUGGCUGCUGUUUCCAAUGGAGGCCACUUCUCGCACUAUCCUUUUCCAUCAUGGUUUCUCCCAUCGGUCAACAUCUCAUACCUUCUCACUGCCGACGAUCAGUAUAAUGACGAAGGCUGGAAGAACUUCGCCUUCCAAGGUACCCACAUUAUGGCGGAAGUCUCCAAGCAAAUUUCGAAAGAAUACUACGGGAGACUGCACAACUCAUCAUACUUGGCGGGUUGUUCGACUGGCGGUCGCCAGGUCUACCAAAUGGCUCAGCAACUACCUGAGGAUUACGAUGGCUACCUUGUCAGUGCCCCUUCAUUCAACGGCAGCUACUUCUAUGGCAGUAUAGCCUACGAUAACAUUGUAGUGAACAAUGAUUUGGUCCCAAUCAACGAGACUAUUUCAGAAAUCUCACUGGAGAUUGUGUCACAGAAAGCAGUAGCUCACCAUGACACAUUGAUCACUGGUCAACACGAUGGAUACAUAACUGAGUGGCAACACAACGAUUACGAUCCAACAAAAGAUCCUUCCGUUCUCCGCGUUGAAGACGGUGGAAAUUGCAAGGAGAAUUGGGCUAUUUCACUUACUCAGGCGAAAGCGUUGAACAAGAUUUGGUAUGGUACUACUGUGGACGGUUCAGUCCCCGAUGUUGCAGAGGACAACGGAAUGAGCUUAGUCCGGCCCGCGCAUCAGCUGUACUGGGGAAAGGCCCGUGGUUCACGGCUUCAGUACGUCAACACUCUAUGUCAAGUGCCUGGCUUCUUGUGGCCUGUCUGCUUCUUGAACCGGACUCUUGGUGAUCCGGGUUAUUUUGAGGGUGGAACAAAUGCUUGGAAAGAUUUUUCAUACAAGGAGUGGGCAAACUACAUGACAAAGGCAGCCAGGGAACAGAUUGAUAAGAAGCACCUCUACAACAUGGAUAUCCUGGACCCCGAUCUGCGAAAGCUCCAAAGUCUCGGCAAAAAGGUUAUGGUCUACCACGGUACAGCAGAUUACACCUCACCUGUGGGACACGUUGCUCUCUAUUACGAGCAGUCUGCUCAAUACACUGGAGGCAUGAACGAGACGGCAGAUUUCCAUAGGGUUUUCCUUGUACCCGGCAUGACACACUGCCAAUUAGCUUCUAAUACAGCGGGGCAAACCACCAUACCUGUCCCAUCGCCUCAAGAGCUCAUUGGGAAGCUGGUAGCCUGGGUGGAAGAUGGGGAGGCGCCAGAUAAUCUUAUGGCUCAGACAGAUGAUGGUAAAAAGAGUCGCCCGAUUUGCCCUUACCCAAAGUUACCCAAGUACAACAACGUUGGGGAUGUUAACAAUGCUACAAGCUUUUCUUGCUAG